AAACCUUAGCAUAUCGAGAAAGAAGAAUUGAAGAAGAAGAAGAAAUGGAGGGAAUAGAGCACAAGACAAUCAAAGUGAACGGCAUCAACAUGCACGUGGCCGAGAAAGGUCAAGGCCCAGUGAUCCUCUUCCUCCACGGCUUCCCGGAGCUGUGGUACUGCUGGAGACACCAGAUGCACGCCUUGGCCUCUCUCGGUUACCGUGCCGUGGCGCCGGACCUCCGCGGCUUCGGAGACACUGACGCUCCCGCUGAGGCUUCGAGCUACACAUGCCUCCACGUGGUCGGAGAUCUCAUUGCUCUUUUGGACGCCGUCGCCGCCGAUCAGGAGAAGGUGUUUGUCGUCGGCCAUGACUGGGGUGCGGUCAUCGCUUGGCACCUUUGCUUGUUUCGGCCCGACCGAGUCAAGGCUUUGGUUAACUUGAGCGUUGCUUUCACUCCAAGAAAUCCUCAGUUCAAGCCUGUUCCUGCUCUAAAAGCUGUUUACGGCGGUGACUAUUACAUGUGCAGAUUUCAGGAGGAAGGUGACAUAGAAGAUGAGCUUGCCAGCCUUGGCUGUGAUAGAGUCAUGAAGGAAUUCCUGAGCAACCGCAACCCCGGUCCGCUUAUGCUGCCUAAAGGUAAAGGGUUUGGGAAUGCUAGCCCUGAUGCUCCGGUCACAUUGCCGAGCUGGUUGUCGGAGGAUGAUAUCCACUACUACGCUAGUAAUUUCGAGAAGAAGGGCUUCACCGGUGCCUUGAACUACUUUCGGAACUUGGACCGGAAUUGGGAGCUGACUGCACCCUGGACCGGUUCUAAGAUUCUAGUUCCGGUUAAGUUCAUUGUGGGAGACCAAGACCUGGUUUAUAACUCCAUGGGCGCCAAGGAUUACAUACACAAAGGUGGGUUCAAGAAAUAUGUGCCCCUUCUGGAAGAGGUGGUUGUGAUGGAAGGAGUUGCACAUUUCAUCAAUGAAGAAAGGCCCGAGGAGAUCAACCAGCACAUUUAUGACUUCUUCAAGAAAUUUGAUUAGCUUAAUCUGUUUUUCUCUCGUGCAUUUUCUUUGUCAGUUUUUGUUAUAAUUAUGUACCUACUACGAAUCGUUGUAUUUCUCGUAGGUUGCUUCGGUGGUAUUCGGUUUUAGUGAUUUGGUUGUAGUCUUUGCACAAGCCAGUAUUUUAUAUUGUCAUUUGCUUUCUAGGAUUGGAUCAAAUGGUCAAUAGGUGAUCCAAUUUGAUUGAUAUGUAUUUUUUACUAUGUGCUAUUGAACUUGCCAACCAUCUACCAAUCGUUCGUC